AUGAAGAAAGGGGCUCCAUUUGAAUGGGAUGAAGCAUGCAACAAUGCUUUCAAAAGUAUCAAAUCCUAUCUAACGAGGCCUCCAGUUCUCACUGCCCCUAUACUUGGACGACCACUAAUCUUGUACAUUGCUGCGCAAGAGCGUUCGGUUAGAGCUCUUCUCGCUCAAGAGAUUGAUAAAGGGAAAGAAAGUGCCUUAUAUUAUUUGAGCAGAAUGAUGUUGCCGUAUGAGUUAAACUAUUCCGUGAUUGAGAAGAUGUGCCUCGCCCUCGUCUUCGCAAUCCAAAAGAUGCAGCACUAUUUUCAAGCUCAUACAGUGCAUCUCAUCUCCAAGGCUAAUCCAAUCAAAUAUGUCAUGUCAAAGCUAGUCCUCUCUGAUCGAUUGGCAAGAUGGUCACUCAUUUUCCAACAAUAUGAGAUCAUCUAUGUGCCGCAAAAAGCUAUUAAAGGGCAAGCUCUAGCCGACUUCUUGGCAGACCAUCCUAUACCAGCCGAAUGGGAGUCGUCCGAAGAAUUGCCAGAUGAGGAUGUUAUGGUAGUAGAAGUUCGUCCCCCUUGGACAAUGUACUUUGAUGGCGCGUCUCAUCAACGUGGAGCAGGUGCUGGUGUGGUAUUUGUUUCCCCAGAAGGAGAUGUCUUGCCAUAUGCUUUCACUCUCAUACAAAAUUGUUCAAACAACGAGGCUGAAUACAAAGCUCUUAUUCUUGGGCUGGAGAUGGCCAUUGAAGCAAAGCACUUGCAACUCAAGGUAUAUGGAGAUUCAAUGUUGAUCAUAAACCAACUUCUUGACGUUUAUGAGGUGAGGAAGCCUGAGCUCGUGCCUUUCAAUAACUACGCUCGUCGCCUGAUCGCAUGGCUUGGUGAUGUUACUCUAGAGCACGUGCCGCGUGGUGAAAAUAAGCAGGCAAAUGCACUUGCAAAGCUUGCUUCUACCCUUGCUCUUCCUCACCAUGAGAUGCAUUUUUGGAAAUUGAAAUUGAGGAUUGGCGAUUGGCGUCAACCACUUAUUGAGUAUCUGCAACAAGGAAAAUUGCCUGAUGAUCCACAUAAAAGAACAGAUGUGAAGCGUUGCGCCCCUAGAUUCAUUUACUACAAGGAUACGCUUUACCGUCGAUCUUUUGAAGGGUUUGAAGCAAAGCAAGCUCUAGAAGAAAUUCAUUCUGGAAUAUGCGACGCUCAUCAAUCUGGCCCCAAGCUUCAUUUUUGA